AUGAAGUCUGUUUCCGUCCUACUCGCCUCCUUGGCCGCUGCCUCGCAGUUCCUCGGCGUCGCUGCCGCUCACAGCCCCAGCCGCGUUGGCCUCUCUCCUAACAAGGUUGCCCGUGGAACGGCUUCCCAGACGCCCUCGACCGCUCCUGUCGUCGGCGGUGUUGCCUCGCAAGGCUGCUACAGCUCCAAGGCAAACAUGACGUCGGGCAAGGUCACGGCCGCUCAGGUCUCAUCUGGUAGCUGCCGUGAAUACUGUCUCGAAAAGGAAUAUUACCUCAUCGCCCUCAACGGUCAAAACUGCUACUGCGGCUACGCCAUGCCCGAGUCCGAAUACCAGGUCAAGGACAGCAAAUGUUCCUUCCCCUGCCCCGCCUACCCCGAAGAGGCUUGCGGAGGCAUCGGAAGCCCUUCGUACUACACCAUCUUCAACAUUGGUGUUACCGUCGACCCUCCAGUCUAUAAGGAGGAGGAGGAAAGCACGUCGACAUCGUCGUCAUCCUCGACAUCCACCUCGACCAGCUCGUCCUCAUCAUCGUCAACCCAAGUUCCCUCUUCGACGGCCGUUGCCUCUGCCACUCAGACUGCGGAAGAUAAAAAGGAUGACGACAAGAGCAACGUGGCCGGCAUCGCUGGCGGUGUCGUCGCAGGUGUCGUCCUGGCCGGAGCUGCCGUCGGAGCGCUGUGGUUCUUCAUGCGCCGCCGUCGCAACAGCGAGCUCGAGGAGGAGCAGCGCCGCAACGCCGCCGUCAAUGCCUUCAUCAGCGGCUCCAAGCCCCCUGGGAGCAGCGGCAGCAUUUCUAUGACGGAUUCGCGCCUAGACCCCGUCAUGGCUCAUCGCCGUCUCAGUGAUGGCAGCAUUGACGACAACAUGGACUAUUCUCGCAAGAUCCUGAGGGUCACCAACGCGUGA